GAUACAGAAUUUGACCUGGACAUGCACCACACUACACAGAACUGCAGCGACGUCUCGAAAAAAUAAGAAGAUCUAUUCUCCGAAUCCCCCAUGUGCCGGCCACCUUUCACGCGGAAGGGAAGCUUUUAAUUGUUCCGACAACGGUGACGGAACAGCACAUAAAUGUACAUUCGCCAUUUCACCCCAUAGCUUCAGCUGCAGAGGAUACAGACCGCUGGUUGUUGUCACCAGAAUGUGCUGACCCAUACGUGUUGGUGUGACACCUGUUCUGGAUCUUGUGUGUAGUAAAGGAACCACUUGUACGCUUGGCUGCCACGGACUGAUUAAAACCCAGCAAGGAACGGCUAUAUUUUUCUCCACCGAACGGAAGUGUUUCUUAAAACUUGUCAACACAUAUCAAUAUGAGCUUUGUUACCACAAGCAAGAUGUGCAUGGAUGGAACCCCGGCAGUGGGAGUUGUGAAAUUUUGCUGACACUUCAGAGAAACACGGAAGCCCUAAAUCCAGCUGCAUUCAGCCAUAUUUGGUCCUUCCUGCAUCGCCAAGGUGGACAGUGUGAUAGCUAAUGUUCCUGCCAACAACUAACACAGACCAGAGCUCCAAGAUGUUGAGAACACAGGCAGUGAGAACUGCCCAGGUCUUGCUGACGCUGGUGUUAUUUUACUGCGGACAUGUCACUGGGCAGAUAACGGACACGACGCCGCUAUGGGUGACAGAAGAUCUGGGUCCAGACAUGAAGUCAUUCUCAGACAGCAUGCAGCCUUUAGACUAUCACGAGCUCCUGUUGGAUGAAGACAAGGACCUGAUUUAUAUCGGUGCCAGGGGUCGGGUCUUCGUACGGCAGCUCAGCACCCUCGGACAGCCGCAACAGUCUGAUAUUCAAGAGUCCCUCCAGUGGGAAUCCAGUGAGGAAGACAAGGACCUUUGUGGGUUUAAGGGGAAAGACAAGGAGAAAGAGUGUCACAACUUUAUCCGAGUCCUGCAGUUUGCUGGGCAGGAUUCUCUCUUUGUCUGUGGGACCAACGCAUUCGACCCCAAGUGUGCCUACGUACCACGUAAUCUGGCUAUUACUGUUGAUGAACUACGUAGCAGAAGCGCCGAAGGAAACAGCAUCUGUCCAUUCGACCCCAAGCAAAGAGCAACGGCUACAUUUAAUGACCAGGGAGGAACGACCCACUACCUGGGCGGGUAUUUCACCACGUUCCUGAAGGCCAGGAUCGACUGUUCCAUUCCCGGAAACGUGCCGUUCUACUUUGAUGAAAUACAAGGCACAUUUGUUUUUGACGAAUCUGGCCAAGAAAUAAUCUAUGGAGUCUUCACAACACCAGAGAACAGCGUGCUGUCGUCGGCUGUGUGUGUGUACAGCAUCUCCCAGAUCAGACAGCUGUUCUCCAUGGGACAGUUCAAGAGGAAGAUGGUGGACUCGCUGGCCUGGACCAGGGUCAUGCAGAGUGAGGUGCCAGACCCUCGCCCGGGAAAGUGUCUGAGCUGUAACCGGUCCUGUGACCAAUACGAGGACACCUACAAGUUUGCCAAGUCCACGCCGCUGAUUGACCCAGCACUGACACAGCUCCCAGAGCAGAACGGCCAGCCCCUGCUCAGCAAACUGGGCGUCCGCUUCACCCAGCUGGUCGUGCACCAGACUAGCACGUCCAACGGGAUCUUCAAUGUCCUAUUCAUCGGGACAGACAAUGGUACCCUUUACAAGGCAGUGGAGCAGGUGUUGAACAACCCCAGCACGCCCAGGAGUGCCAAGCUCAUUCAGCAGAUCAACGUCUUCCCGGCAAGCCAGGAGAAAAUAACAACAUUGAAGCUGUCUAAAGAGAAGAAAGCUAUCUACAUCGGCUCUAACUCGGGUGUGAGAAUGCUGCCCCUGCACAACUGUGGAGUGUACACGUCCUGUGUGGCCUGUGUGUCGGCCAGGGACCCUUACUGUGGCUGGAGUAGGGCACAGGCCAAGUGCACAGCUGUCGACAUGAACAGUGACCAGUCAUUACUGCAGGAUGUUCUCAGUGGAGAUGCUCUAAACCAAGGAUGCAGAUGUGAAGCCGGCUCAGGAUCAAAAAGGCGACGUUGGAGAGGGAACGGUAACUCCCCGCGACCUCAGCACAACGUGUCCCAUGGGUCAGACCUGUACGUGGCCUGCAGUCCGGACGACACGGUGGACAUCACUAACGUCAGGUGGUCAGCCCGACCGGAGAGCCUACUGAGCAGGGCAGUCAGGAAGGACAGUUAUAUCAUCCUCAGACAGGUGGAGACCACAGGUGAGAUCACCUGUGUGAGGAAGGAGAACGGCUGUGAGAUGACGACCGUCCACAAGAUCAACAUCCAGGUGGAGGAGAACUCUGCGCGCUGCACCCUGGAGAGCGACAUGUGCGUGAACAUGCUGGCCCAGCAACAGAAGGCCUGCUGCCUGCUGGAGUCAACACAGAACGUCCUGCACAACUGCAGCGCCAAGAUGACGGUCGAGAGCUUCAACCGGCUGCUCCCCAGGGCCUGCCAGGUCAGGGCGCCUCUCGGGACGCAGCCCGAGGACCCCAGCCAGCAGGCCUGCUGUCUGACGUUUGACGACAUCCCCGUGUCCAAGCCUGCCGCUCGGAACGUGCAGGCAGCUUCCACUGCUUGGAAGGGGAUUGCCGUCACACUGAUGGUCCUGAUUCUGUUAGCGAUUUGCUUAGGUCUGUUUCUGAUAUGGAGGAAGAACAAAAUGGUGCCUUGCGACACGCCAGACAACAAUGUGGAAGAGAAGCCGCACAACAAGUCCUCGGACAGGAAGUAUUUUCCUAAAGGCCCCAGGUGGAGUAUCAAGCGUCUGCUGAGCAGGUCAGAAGCGGACGGAACGGACGCGAAAGUGAAGUGGCAGAGGCCGAACGGCACCACGCAAGAGACCAUAGAUGAGGACGAGGACAUCCCACUCCCAAACACUGAUGCAGACAAAAACUUCAAUGCCUCAAACAACAAGAUUCCCGAGCAGCAAGCUCUGAUGAGGGAACUGAAUAGAAGCUUAAAGAGAGCGGACGACAGCCCACAGGUGGUGAGAGAAAGCCUUAAGCCGUUAGACAACAGUAAGUUGGACGAGUUGGAAGCCAUGGUGGCAUCGCUGGACAAUGAUGGGAGUCCGUUACCUAACAGAGGUCAAUCGAAAGGCCUGGUGUCUUCAGACAGUAUGCACAGCAUUACCUUAGACAUGCCAAAUGAUUCAGAGGCCUGAGCGGAAACGUCACACCACUCACAAAACAUUAAGUUUUGAUUUGGAUUCUUAAGGACAAUAUUUGUUAUAUUUUUUCAAUUACUGCUAGCGCAUUACAAUUUUGCCUGGAAUUUUUCAGAAGAAUAAAUGCUUAAGGUAUAAUACCACGUGCAAAAUAUCAUCCUCAGUGCUGCCUGCACUACUAGAUGUCAGAAAGUGGGGCAAUCACGACAAGGCAAGGAUCUACCCCAUUAAAAUCUGCCUGGAGAGUCUACCACACUUGCAACAUUCCAGUCGGAUUUCGUAAUCAGAUUGCAUAACCAGUUCUCCCUGCUACCCCAAGGGUACCUGACUUGCCUAGGCGAGGUAAAAGGCAGUGGAAGGAGAGGGAUGGGCUCCACCUUCCAAUACGGUGCCCUCGACACAGUGGAGACCAGCCCACUGCCCCUCAGGCCUGGGAAAAGGCUGUGGCACUAUCUUAACCUCCCUGUUACCCAGUACAGUAACCGGUACUGGUUACCUUAGGAGGCUGAAGGUUAACUUACCAAUGCAUUGACUGCAACAUUCCAUUCGUUGGAAAACAUUCCAUUCAUUGGAAAACAUUCCAUUCGUUGGAUAAUAGUGUGGAAACAAACUUGGUGACAAGGGCACAUUUAGAUGAUGCUGAAGACAAGAAUGCAGCGCCAAGCAAGCCUGUGAUGAGAGAGUUUUAUAUUUCCAUGACAGCACCUCACUGCCAUACAUGUUGACAUUGUACAUGUAUGAUUGUUCCUGUUUUAAAAGUUUUGUUUGUUUUGUUUGUUUUUUCACCGAUGCUUUGUUACUGUAAAUGUCUGUGUAAGUGCUCAGUGACCACUAAGUGAUGUCUUUUUUAUGGAUGAAUGAAACAUUGUGCUGCUGUGUCUUUUCAUUGCCAUAACGGAUCAGACCUUCAUGCCCAGUCAGAUGGCUGGUGCAUUGUGAAAUAUUGUAUAAAAAGUGUAAAUAUGAUUAAUUUUAACCUUUUGUUUGUAAUAUGAUGAAAUUGUAUGGACUUUUGUAUUAUAGGCAGAUUCUUUACUAUGAUUACAGUCGAUUGUUUAAGCAAACACUGGCUUAACCUUUGGGACUUAACAGUUCCAGUGCAGGAUCGCAAAUGUGAUGCUGACAAACAUGCAUAGAAUGCUGAAGUUUGGAAUUUUUGUUUUUAUUCACAAACUGUAAGAUAUUUAGUGCAAUGCAAUUUUAUACUUGGAACAACCUUUUUUAUACCAGUACAGCUGUUAAAUUUUGCAUAUCAUAGCCUACACUGUUCAUGGACUCAUAGAGUGGAACUUACACAGUAGGGGCAUCCUCACUAGAUGUAAACAACAUUGACAGUAAGAUGUGCAAAGUCUAGGUGUAACCGGUCAUUUGAGGUAGUAUAGUCGGCUGCCGCUGCGCCACGUGCCUUCGAAGUGGUGUGUCGUGCGGAAUGGCAAUUACACCGGCUAUACAGAUAAACAUGUAGAUAGACUUUUUGAUGGUUGACGAUGUCCCAUUGAUGAAGAUAGCUGCCAGGUAGUUUUUAGGCUAAACCAAUUCAACUACAGUCAUCACAGUACACCAUUUUCUUUUAACUCAUACAUAUCAAGGAUUUUGGGGUUGUGGAGGGUGUCAUUCAUUAAGAAAUUAACAAUUUAUGAUGUAGGGUUAGUAUGUAAACAAGAAUGAUUUGAACUGCUGGUGAUGGCAAGUUUCAUUGAACACGUUUGUAGAUAUAAACGUGAUCAUGUGAUAAAAAAAUUUUUAAAUCCAUGCCUGGCAAAUCCACAUUGAUAUGACAUGUAAAAACCAGAGACAUGGCCAGAGCACGUACACCAUACAUUAGUAAUGACAUCAGUAUAAAAUUGUUCGAUUGAAAUUGUUUGAAUUGUUUUGUGCUGGAACGUAGUAUUAGAAUUUUAGCAAAAGAAUUUUAUUUUGUUCCAACACAUAAUAUGGACUCACCAAAUAAUCAUUUGACUGUACAAGAAUGACUGUAUAGAUCCUUUUGACUUAUACAUGCCUGUGUACUUAACUUGACCAACGUUUGUUAGAAAGAAUAUAGCAUUAUGCAACAUGGUUUUAUACAGUUUAUCAUUAUAUUCAGAUGUAGAAGACAUGGAUAGCUACCAAUAAGAAUAGAUUAUGCAUAACAUUAUAGUCAGAAAAGAAGGAGCUAUUUUAACACUGGUAUUUAGUAUUUGAAAAUUGUCAGAGGGUCUUUUAUGUCUAACACCUGCAGUUCUUAACAUGUCCUCUAGAUGGCACCAUGGUAACACUGUGACUGCAUAACUCUGGAUAAUGAUAUAUAAACAUUGUAAGCAAGACUUCCUACCACAGGUGUUUCCUUAGGUACUAUUAAAACAUUUCAGGAGCAAAGCUUAUUGUUCAUAAGAAAGAACUCUUCCAUAUAGACUAAGCUUCAGAAAAGAAUGUUUCAUGCAGUACACAAUUUCUCAUCCAUUGCACAAGUUGCUUUUACUACUUUAGAUAAAGCUUUAUUAUAUCGCAAAGGCUCUUUGUUGUGUUUUAGGACAAGUCUGCAGUUACAUGAGAUGCCUUUAAUUAUGUAAGGACAGCUGUUUUUAUCUGCCAUUUUAAACAGUUAUAUGAGACUCGUAAUUUCUCCGUAAGCAAUAGUGUGAGGAAUGUACAUGUACAUGUAUAAUGAUCUGCCAUGCAUGUGUGCCUGUAUUUUCUAUGGCUGUCUUUGACUGUAUUUUCCAUGAAUUGCUGCCUUUGACUGUUAAGUGGGUUGUAUAUGACAGUACUACAGUGAGCAUGGUACACUGUAAUUUCCUGAUCUUGCGGUUGUGCCUCAGUAAGAAGUACAUGUAUUCCGUUCCAGCUAUCGACACUGCCGAGGACAUGUAUGUAGUUAUCCUGUCAUGCCAGGCCCACAGAUUGCAUGUAUCAAGCAAAGGCCCUGGCAUUGGAGCCUGCAAACUGUCCUUUCUUGCUGCAUUAGCAUUGGCCAGCCGUCAGCCAAUCAGGUAGUCCUCCUCCUGUUGUUGGAGGGAAAGGCAGCAGCCAAUCAUGUUGCCUCUUGACCAAAGGCAGCAACGUGAUUGGCUGACAGUUGGCUGGCACUAUGGCUGCAAGAAGGAUGGAUCUCAAGCCAGUAUGCCAGGGUAGUUGCCUGACAUAUACAAGUGUCGGGUCUGGCAUUGGAGGAUGGUACAUGUAAUACAUAUUGUGUACUUUGUAGUUUGACACAUCAUGAUGUGAAAAGUCUUGUCCCCGUCAACUGUGCACCAUUCAUUGUACAUACUUCAUUCCAUUCCAAUGGUAGAAGUUAGCCUAAGUGCACCAAGUAUGGCCUGCACUACACUGACCAAUAGUCCAGGGCAAGAAUGAAUUGAUAUCAUGUCCAAGCCUUGGACUUGUUUACACUGUGGAAGUAGUGAUUGUAUUGUUUGAAUGGGACCAAAUUGGUGGUGUGUCUUAGAAAGAGUAUAGCAUGUAUGUACUGUACUGUACUUGAGGGCUAGUGGCAUAGCUGUGAAAGAUACUUUUAUUUUUUUACUAAUUUGACUUCAGAUCAUGCAUAUUACUGUAAGGAUUUCAGCAUUUGUAAUAAAGAACGAUGUUGCUCAACA